AUGGGCAAUUCACGCUGUGUUGCCGACGCGGAGGCCACUGAAGAUAUUGGCGUCGGCGUUGACCACCGCACUAUCCGACUGACUUUGUCCCUUCUUCGGUUCAGGCGCAAGGCGGGGGGCAACCGGAGCAGACGCGGUUUUCGAGGUUGGGCGCCGAUCGACGGUGCGCGAUGCCGGGACGAGCUGCAUGGACGCCUCCGCGCUUUCUGCAACAACAGCUGCCCUGAUCAGGCACCAGAAUUGGACAGCAGACGCGCGGCGAUCGAGAAUGCUUUGAAACAGAUCGCUGAACAACGCCGGCAAGCUGAAGCAGACAUCGGUACCAACACAGAGGCUUCGCAACACCACCUCCACAGUCUCAUCGACCAGCGCAGAGCUGCUCGCAAGGCGGACGCGAAGGACACUGUCAGGGGCGCCAGCAGUAAUAUGCAUAAAAAGAUACGAGCAGCUGCAAUUGCACAGAAGAGCGAGAAGACGAGCAAUACCUUGGCUGAGUCCAAGGACCAGCAGUGCCUCGUGGACAUCAGGAACAGCGGCAAGAGCGACUGCAUCACCUCCGCGAUCGACGAAAACGGGACCGAGAGAACUGACAUCAACGACAUCGCAGAGGUAUUUGCGAGUUUCUUCGGGUCUCUCUACGACGGCGCGCCAGGAACUUAUUGUUGCGAGGCCAGUGCCAGCCAAGUGACUGACGUCACGCCCGACGAAGUCCUGUCGCAGCUGAGACGCACACGGCUGGGCAAUGCGCCCGACGAGGGAGGCGCCGGCGCCUACUUCGGGGAGCGCGCCAUGCUCACCGACGAAGGGCGCACCGCCACCGUGGAGGCGCCGGCCGCCAGAGAUCACGGCGACCCUGAAGCCAUGCAGGACGUUUCAUGGAGUGUCUCGACGUGGGCGGGAGACAAGCGGAAGUUCGACGGCGGCGGCUCCGCCGGAUUCCGCUGGUGGAAGCCUGCGAAAGGCCUGCGGAGGCGCGCCCCGGCUGCCGGGCUGCCGCUGGCGCUGGACGCCCGCGCAGCGGAGCCGCUCACACCUCCCCAGAGCUUCGAAGACGUGGCUUGUAGUCAUUCCGCGGCCCCAGAUCCGAGGCGGGGAUCGUGCGUAAAGUACGGGGUAGGUCUGGGCCUGGCGCCCGUGGCCUCGCUUGCGCGCCCGCCUGCGGCGGACGGGCGCCGCUGCCCCGGGCCCUCCGCCGUGGCCCGCGGCGCCGCUGCCGCCGUGGCGGCGCGGCUCUUCGUCGGGGGCAGGGCCCGCCGAAAGCCCUCUGCGGCGUGCUCGCCGGCGACCGGGUCGCGGGCCACCGACCACGACGCGCUCAGCGAUCUGAGAGACGUCAACCUGUCCAAGCGCGAGGCGGACUGGCGGCGGCUCUUCCAGGAGGACGAGUGCGACUGCGAGAUUGUGGGCACCGUCGUGGACGUCCCUGGCCUGCUCUCGGCCCAGGAGUGCGAUGCCCUGGUGGCUGCGGCGGACAGGCGGGCCUCGCAGGUGGGCUGGCGGGCCGCUCAGCACCUCAACUACCGCACCGACGACGUCAAGGUGCGCACGCUGGGGGACCCGGACGCCAUCGAGCUCUUCCGGUCCCGCGUGGAGGGCCCCCUGAUCGCGCAGAUCGAGCGGUCCUUCGGCCUGCCUGCCGAGGACUGGACGUGGUGGCCUUCGACUCCUUCAUCGUUCGGUACGCUGCGCCUGGAGGCAAGACCUCGCUGGCCUCGCACAGGGACGGAUCCAUCGUCAGCGCCACGGUCUCUCUGUCCGACGCGGGCGCGUACAGAGGCGGGGGCACGCGGAUCGACGAGGUGGUGUACCGCCCCUCUCAAGGGGGAGCGGUUCUUUUCGGAGGCGCCAGGGUGCAUUCUGGUGAGCCGAUUACUUGGGGCACACGGUACGUAG